AUGUCUCCUUUAUAUUAUUAUCUUCCUCAUGUUUAUAUUGGUCUGUACAAAACAGCAUCUUCACAUUUCUCAUAAUUCUUCAUAAAAAUCACACUUUCUCUUUCUCUCUAUUUAUACCCACUACUUUCUUCUCUUAUUUCUUCACUAAAAUCUCUGUUCUUUUCUCUCUUGUUUUUUUUUUCACUCUUUCAUCAAAGUUUCAAACUUUACUUAAUCAUGGCUGCAUCUUCAUCUUUUUUAUCCAACACUAUUUCUUCUUCUAUUAAAACUUGUCAAAACACAAAAUCUCUUGCAUUUUCUUCUCUUAGAUUUGGUCAGCUUGGAUUUAAAUCUUCAUCUCAACAUUUUCUUACUAAAUCUCUCAAACUUAAAACUUCACAUCACUUACCCAACAGAUCUUUUACUUGCAGAACUUCUGCUGAUUCAUCAGAAACAGAUGUUAAGAUUCAUGAAUUCUGUGUUUAUGAGAUAAAUGAACGCGAUCGUGCAAGUCCAGCAGUUCUUAAACUUAGCCAGAAGCCUGUCUUUUCUCUUGGAGACUUAAUUCCUUUCACUAACAAGCUAUACACAGCAGACUUAAAAACGAGGCUAGGAAUCUCAGCAGGAAUAUGCAUUUUGAUCCAAAACAAGCCAGAAAAGAAAGGGGACAGAUAUGAGGCAAAUUUUAGCUUGUACUUUGGAGAUUAUGGUCACAUUUCAAUCCAAGGACCAUACUUAACCUAUGAUGAAUCUUACUUAGCCAUCACAGGUGGUUCCGGAAUUUUCGAGAGCGCAUAUGGGCAGGUGAAAUUGCAACAAAUUGUGUACCCUUUCAAGAUUUUCUACACAUUUUAUCUGAAGGGAAUUAAGGGUGAUUUGCCUGAGUUACUGCUAUGUAAGCCUGUGGAACCUCACCCUGAUGUUGAACCUCACCCUGAUGCUAAGGCCACUCUUCCUGAAGCAGUUAUCCCUAAUUUUACUGACUAAUUGUUGCUUUUAAGUACUACUAGUAGUAGGAGCAAUGAUAUUCCCAUAUCCGAGUAAAUGAUAUGGGAAAAGUUACCCCAUAUCGAAUAUGGGCAAAUACUUCCUCGUAGUAGUAGUAGGAAAUGAGUGUUGAAUAAUAACUUUGGAAUUGUUUCUUUUGGUUGUUGUAGUGUAAUGUGAUGUGAGUUGUGAAAUGUAGGGGAUUUUUGUAUGAAUAAGUGUUAUGUGAGGAUCAACUUCAAGGUCUUUUUGAUUUUGUUAA